CGUGUCGUUAGCUGUUAGCUCCUCUGCUUACUGCGAACUAAAGUUUCACUUUUUACUAGACCGGAAUGCUCACCGUUGGCACUGUUGGACUUCCUCGGAAACGAAACUAGCUGUAGCUAUAGUUGUGUCUGACAGCGUUUAACUCUCAUAUGUUUGUGUUUCACUCUCGUCAACACCGAUAGAAACAGCGUGCUUCCCGGGGCGUGUAAAAGUUCUCCCCGCUGGCCGUCCAAACCGUCAAAUACAACAGGUAGCUUACUUUCACAAGCUAGCUUAAGCGGUUAGCCGCGCUAGCAUGGACAGUGGAGGAAACAUGCAGAGUAACGAGGAGAAGAGUGUGGAGAAAUCAAUGGAUAAUUACUUGAAAGCAAACGGUUUCCAUCGGAAGAAGAUAGCCAAAGAUGGGUCGUGCUUGUUUCGUGCCGUCGCCGAGCAGGUACUGCAUAACCAAAGCCUUCAUAAUGAAGUUCGGGCCAAAUGUGUGGAGUUUCUGAGGAAGAACAGAGAGAGUUAUGAGGCGUUCAUUGAAGGGGAUUUUGAGGAGUACUUGUUCAAGCUUCAGGACCCCCAGCAAUGGGUUGGAGAAGUGGAGAUUAAUGCACUGGCUGUUAUGUACAAGAGGGAUUUUCUGAUCUUCCAGGAGCCUGACAAACCAGCCGUCAACAUCACAGACAACAACUUUAAGGACAAGGUGCGGUUGUGUUUCCUGAAUGGGAAUCACUACGACAGCGUUUAUCCGAUCAGCCACAUUAAGAACACGGCUGUCUGCCAGUCCAUCCUGUACGAGCUGCUGUACGACGGUGUGUUUAAGGUGGACCGGGGCCUGUCUCUGAGUCUGUGUCAGAGACAGGCCCGACCGCAUGACCUACUGAGUGACGACAGCAUGCCCUUCUGUGGCAGCAGCGACGAGUCUGACCUGGACUCGAACGAGUCGCUGCGGUUGGAACAUGAAACCAGUUCGACUUCCUCCAGACACGGCAACCAGAGCUACAGGGGUCGUGGGCGUGGCCGGCUGCCGGAAAGGGUGAGAAGAUCUCUGAACCCGACACUGCUCAGAAAUGUAGAAUACGACGUCUGGCACAAGAGCAAAAGAGCUCAACAGAAACUGGACUACUGCAUCGCUGCUGGGAUGCACUUCACUGCGGGAGAUCGCUGCCAGGCUCGUCUGGAGAACGGACGGAGCUACAACGCCGUCAUCAAAGAGGUGCCUCAUGAUAGCGGACUGGUGACGGUUCACAUAGAGGAGUUGGGCAGGAAACAGGUUCCUCUGUGGAACCUCCGUCCUCCCAACAGUGAGAACAGCUGGAGCACCGUGGUCAGCCGAGACAAGAGGCUCAGCAACGGACACGGAGAGUGGGAAGGGAGAGGUAAAGGGAGAGGAAGAGGGAAGUCCGUCCCAGCAUCUUCUUCUGUUUCCCAGGCAACAGCAGCGGGCUCCAGCGGGCGCGUUCAGAAGCAGCACUCAUGGCCUCAGCAGGCCACCGUAGAGGAGCAGGGAGGGGGGAAGGCCACCAGGAAGUCGGUGAGCUCAGCUGAGGCUGCUUUCGGUAUAACGGAGGAGUCUCGUAAGGCCAGAGAGGAGGAGGAGAUGACCAUGGCGCUGGUGGAGAUCCAGCUCCGAGACGAGAACAGCUUCCCCGCCCUCGGGACUCAGCCGCUGAUGCAGGGUGAAGGAGGGAGGAGAAAGGGGGGAGAGAAGAGACGAUCUCAGAGGAACAAGAUGGGUCCCAUUGAAGAAGCAUCGUCUCCUUCCACUGGAGAAAGACCUAAAUCCUCCACCCCGCCUCCUGGGACCACUUCUGCUUCAUCUGCUCCAAGUUCCAACACAACUACACCCACCAACCCUGCUCCGUCUGCAAACUCCGACUCUGCCUGGCUGAACUCUGUCAAAGCUUCGACACCAAACGUAACCAUGGCGACUGCAGCAUCAGGCUCCGCCUCCAGCCUGCCACCUGCCUCUGCUACCCUAGCUGCUAAAGCAAACCUACAGUCCUACACCACAACAGCCACCGCUCCACCUUCCCCUCCACCCGUCGCUGCACCGAGUGCUAAACCAGUCCCGUCCUCUGCCAGCCAUUUCUCCUUCGUCACCCCAGUUCUCCCAGCUGCUUCAUCACCUCCAGCAUCCUCCUCUUCUCCAUCCACGUCAGCUGCUUCUCCACCUACUUCCUCUUCAGUUCCACCUCCAUCCUUCAUUGCCCCCAUCGCUCCUUCUCCCACAGCUCCGAAAGGCCUCCCACGCUCGUUCUUACCGGUCGCCUCACUGCCCUGCUCCGCCAGUCCACCCUCCUCCUCCUCAUUUACUUCUUCUUCACCUCCACCUGCUCAACACACAAACUCUUGGCCAAAGCCUGAAGGAAGUCUGUCGGCCUCCCAAAGCCAGACGUCUCUGCCCCAGAUUCAUCCCCAGGUGCCUGCACCACCAAACCAGAACCAGAUCCCUGUGUUCCCGGAUGAGAAAGAAACACCGCCAUCUUUACCCAAGAUCCCGACCCAAACUCAAGCUUUUCUCCCACAAAACCAGGUCGUGGUACCCCAGAUGAGGGCCGAGGUCCAGUCCUCUUCCCCCGACACAGAGGUGCCCUCUGAGAUUCAAACCCACCUCCAUUUGCAGUCCGAGAUGGACCAGAAUCCUUCCGGAGCUUCCCACCCCCACAUCCAGCCUCCUCACCCCUCCCAAGUCCCACAUCCCUCCCUUUCUCUCUCCUCUACAACCCAAUCCUCCCUCGAGUCCUCCAUUACCCAGAACCAAACCGAAGCUCCUCCACCUGAGAAGCCCCAAUCUCCACCUCGUCCCCCCUCCCAGCAGUCACAGUCUCCCCAUCCCUCUCAUUUUCAGCCGGCACACCCCACUCCUCACCUUCCAAACAUCCCCGGAUCUGUUCCUCUGCAGCAGCUGUCCCAGAUCUACCAAGACCCCUUGUACCCCGGCUUCCCCCAGGGAGAAAAAGGAGAAUUGGCUGAAAUUCCACCUUUCUCCACCAGCAAGCUGGGCGACGACCUGCCUCAAGAUAUGAACAUCUUGAGGUUUUUCUUCAACUUGGGUGUGAAGGCCUACACAUCACCCAUGUUUCCCCCGUACUUGUACCUCCUCCUGCUGCAGCAGACUUACACCAUGCAUCUCAAGUCCCAGUCCCCGUCCCCCCACUAUCCUCUCUCCAACCCCCCGACCAGGCAGCAGGAAGCCUACCCAUCUCCGCAGUACCCUCAAACUCCAUCAUCAGCACCCCCUCAGUACGACCACCAGCCUCCACUCUCUGAGCCAACCUGUCCCAGCGAGCCUUUUUUUACCCAGGCUGGUUUCCAGCCUCCACCCCACCGGAUGCCCUGUACCUCAGUGCCUUGGCAACAGAUGCCUCCACCCAGAAACCCCAGCUACCAAGUUGGGUAUCCCUCUCCUACUCCACCAUACCCGGGUCCACCACCCUCAUCUCAGGGUUACCAUCCAGGACAAGGCCCAGUACACUCUCUGUACCCCUCAGCUGCCCCUCAGUACCCCACCUUCUCGGUGGGAUACCAGUCUUCUUCCACCCCCGAAGAGCUCCAGGCGAGCCAGGGGGCGAUGGAGCAGUUUAAACCCACCAAUGGAGACACAAUGCUUGGCCAUGGGCACGUCAGAGUCCUGGGUUCUCUGGAGGGUCCUGCUAAUGUUAAUGUUGUUAAUGCUAACAACAACAGGCCCCUUGUGGUUUCUUCUAAAUUUGGCAUGAAGAAGGAGCCGGCAGAGGGUACGACCAGAACGGUGCUGCUGGUGGACCCACCACUCAACAAUAAACCCAUACUUGCUGUGGUUUCAGACUCUGACAUUAGGGACACCCCUGUCUCCAUAGCAACUAUUAGGCCCGGCUGCAGCCCCGGCUCUCCAACACCGUACCGGGGCCCCCGCAAACAGCACACCAACACAAAACCAUAUGUAGAGCCCAGCCACCACAGUUACCCACCGUCCGUCACCAUGGGAGAGCCACUGUCUGUGGCCUGCAGCACGGAGGACGACUACGGAGACACGGAGGGAUUCAGGCACACAGCCAUGAACCACAUGGGGCAGAGGAAGAGCUACAAUCGAGGAAGAGGAAGAGGAGGCCAUGAUGGAGGGAGGGGAGCACCAAGGAGGAGGCAUGGCGAUGUGGGGGCGGGGCCAAACUUUACACAGUAUAGUUCCUCCUACAGGGCGCAGGGAAGGGAGCGGAGAUAAUAGUUAUCAUAGGAAGCGGCUUUCUUCUUCUUUUGUCUGCCUGUCAAAACUUGAUCUGAUUGGUGGAUGCCAUGUGACGCUGCGUCAGCAACGGCUGCACAAUCUUUUAUUUUUUUUUCUUUUUUGUCUCGUCUGGAACACUACUUUUGGGGCUUUUGUUUUAUUUAGCCAGCUUAUCAGGCUAGCAUGUUAGCUUACGAAACCUCAAGUUUGCCUUUCUGAACAGUUGAAUGUAUGGAUUUAACAAACAUGGAGGGUGGUUUAAGAUUAAUCGUCAAUAAAUUAAAACCUUGCCACUGCAUUGUUGAUGGAAUCACAUCAGCUUUCAUGUUUUUAUGGGACAUAUGUGGCUAAAUAGCUUUGCGUAAAUAUGGAAAUCAGCCCAGGCUAAACUUGAACAGGUUCAUAAAACCGGAAAUGAAGGCUUCUGUAAGAAGCUCUGAUAUGUUCAACAGUCAGAUCAGUCUCACAGACAUUAAAAACAUGGCUACUUCUCAUCUCUUAUAGCAAGAAUAAUUCCUUAAACUUGUUUUGUUCAGUCAGAAGUCAUAUUUCUGACUUUUGUUUAUCACCUGAACGCACCAUAACGCCUGUGUGUACAUCAGAGAAGCGAUGUAGGUCAGCAAAGUUCUGUGAGCUGAAAGAAAGUAGAUAAAAAACAUGAUAGACACCAAAUCUGAUCAGAGAACAGCUGUAAGAGUUGAAUGUUUGCAUUUGCAGGGCUCAGGUUUUAUUUAAAGUUGUUUCUUUUUGAAUGUGUUUUUGUUAUGCUGCUAGUUUCGCAUCGUUUCUCCCUUUAGACCAACUAGCCUCACUAGAGAUUCAGUGCCUUGUGUUUAAAGCUUUUACCCAGAUUGUCCAAGAAACACUGCUGUACAGAACAAAAUGUGUUGGUUUCUUUCUAUGUGUUUGAAUAAAACUUUGGUUCAGAA